AUGGCGCUGACCCGGUGCGGCUGGCUCCUCAUCAGCGCUCUGAUGCUGAACGCGAGGGCAGAAAUCUCCAUCACCCCCCAGCCCGCCAAGCCAGCAGAGGGGGACAAUGUCACCCUGAUGGUCCACGGGCUUUCGGGGGAUCUCCUGGCCUACAACUGGUACGCGGGACCCACGCUCAGCCUGACCUACCUGGUGGUCAGCUAUAUCGUGAGCACAGGGGACGAGACCCCCGGCCCCGCUCACACAGGGCGGGAGGCUGUGCGCCCUGACGGCAGCCUGGACAUCCGGGGUGCCCUGCUGGGGCACUCGGGCACCUACAUCCUGCAGACCCUCAACAGGCAGUUUCAGACCGAGGUGGGCUACGGACACAUGCAGGUCUAUGAGAUCCUGACCCAGCCCACGGUCACAGCCAACAACACGGAGCUGGUGGAGCGUAGAGACACCCUGCGCCUCACGUGUAGCAGCGCCAGCCCGGCCGAGGUCCGCUGGUUCUUCAAUGGCGAUGCCUUGCCCGUCCCUGUCCGCCUUGGCCUGUCCCCCGACGGCCGGAGGGUGACCCGGCACGGCGUUCGCAGGGAGGAGGCGGGAGCCUACCAGUGCGAGGUGUGGAACCCUGUCAGCGUCAGCCGCAGUGAACCCGUCAACUUGACCGUGUACUUUGGGCCAGAACGCGUGGCCAUCCUCCAAGACUCCACGGUGCGCACGGGGUGCACCAUCAAGGUUGACUUCAACGCGUCCUUCACCCUGUGGUGCGUGUCGCGGUCCUGCCCAGAGCCCGAGUACGUGUGGACCUUUAAUGGUCGGGCCCUGAAGAACGGUGGAGACCACCUGAACAUCAGCGGAAUGACGGCGGCCCAAGAGGGGACAUACACGUGUAUUUCAAAGAACCCCAAGACGCUGCUGUCGGGAUCAGCCUCUGUGGUGGUCAAGCUGUCUGCGGCAGCUGUCACCACGAUGAUUGUGCCUGUGCCGGCCAAGCCCAUGGAGGGCCAGGAUGUGACCUUGACGGUCCAGGGCUACCCUAAGGACCUGCUGGUGUAUGCCUGGUACCGCGGGCCUGUGUCUGAGCCCAACCGGCUGCUCAGCCAGCUGCCAUCGGGGACCUGGAUCGCGGGCCCCGCGCACACGGGCCGGGAGGUGGGCUUCGCCAACUGCUCGCUGCUUGUGCAGAAGCUGAACCUCACAGACGCCGGCCGCUACACGCUCAAGACCGUCACGCUGCAGGGCAAGACCGACACGCUGGAGCUGGAGCUGCAGGUGGCCCGAUGGAGCCACCGCUGCCUGCUCAUCCAGCCGGGCGGUCCCCCAAAGGGGAAGUGGGUCACCCAAAGUCAUCCGGCCAUCGGCCGCCAACUCAGGACAUCAGGGGCUCUGGGAGGCUGGGACACCUGCAAGAUGGGCGCCUGGCACACGGCAGCCACUAGGUGGCGCCAGUGCGUCACCAGCCAGCUCUUAAGGCCAGGUGAGCCGAGCCGCCUGGACAGACAGAGCCCUUACCCUGACUCAGCCACUGUCACCAGCAGCCUGGACCUGGACCAAGCAGUGACCUCCUCCCUGGGCUCCUCGACCUCCAUAGUCUGCUCCCCACCUGCAGAAAAAACAACCCUAGUCCUCUUGGUCCCCCUGAGUGACGCUGAAGUUGGACUCCAAACCCUCGUGCUGCAGUGGAAGUCUCUGGCUACCUCCUCCCGCUCCCUGUUCCUGGAGGCCGCAGAGCGUGGAUGCUGUCAAGCAAAGGAGGGCAUCUUGCAGACGACUUUCUCCAUGUCUCUUCUAAACCAGAAAGGACUGGGAUGGGACUUCAGCCCUCUGGGCAAAGAGCAGACACAGCCCACCGCCCCAACUGGCAAAAGUGGAGGGGACGAGGCACCACUCCCCACCCCAGCGCAGGCUGGGAGUGACAUCAGCCCCAUUCUCCAGGACAAACUGAGUCUCCAGAGAGGGGAUGGUUCCUCUGAGGUUCCACAGGCACUCGGGCUGGAGGUGAGCCUGGAGCCCCGGUCUGCUCCCCCUCCCCUAUUUCCCGUGGGGGACGUGCAGAGAAAGAGUGAAAGAGGAGGGAAGGGCCCCGUGGGCCCCGAGUGGGUGCAGGGCCCCCCGCAGCGAGAGACGCAUUCAACACUUCUGCACGACCCCCUCCCCAAUCUCCGCAGCUAG